AUGGCCAUGGCCAGUGAAAGCAGCACCACUGUCAACACCAUGACCGCCGCCACCACCCCGCUCAGCGCGCCCGAGAACAGCCUGCCCGACACCCAGGCUGCCAUCGCCGCCUCCUUCACCAACUUCCUCAGCGUUGCUAUGCACCAGAUCCUCUUCCUCCGAAAUGUCUACCCGCGAGCCACCUUCCUGCCUGUGCGCGCUUACAACUACCCCGUCCGCCAAUCACGCCAUCCCAAAGUUUGUGACUACAUCAACGAUGUGGCCAUUGCUGUCGAGAGCGAGAUCCUCAAGGGCACCAUCACCGCCGUCACCGUCAUAAUCUCGUCGGUGCGGACGAAUCAGCCGAUGGAGCGUUAUGCCUUUGACCUGUCCGGCUUCCCCCAUGUGCCCGUCGGCGAACUUUAUACUACGUUUGAAGAACGCAAGGAAGAGGCCUCGAAGCCCGCCUCGACGGCCCAAUCAAUCGACCUCGAGUCGCAGUUCCGGGCCUGUCUCGCCCGAUUAGCCUCUGCCUGUGCUCGGCUGACGCCGUUGCCGCGAGAUGACGAGUUCGGUUUCACUGUCUGCAUCGAGGUGCGAGAAGACGCCCUGCCGCCAGUCGGCACCACCAAGGAAGAGCAAACCUGGAUCGUCGCCGAGCCAGGCCAAGUUCAUGUACGGUCGUGUACAGCGCCCUUUUCUGUCAGUAAAGUGGGCAGCCAUUCGCAACAACCGUUACUGCCCAAGAUCAACGGCCGAGCCAAAACGGUACCGGUACGACGAGUAGAGGCAGGUGAACUUCGCCUAGAAUUAUGGGUCGAGGAAGCCAGGCAGAAAUUUGACGAAAGGCUAGUCACCUAG